AUGCUCAAUACAGAAGUCAGCAUAUUUAUGAUCAUAACAAAUGGAGAAUUUAUAAUAGGAGUAUUGGGGAAUGGAUUUAUUGGACUAGUAACCUUCAGUGACUGGGUUAAGAAGAAAAAACUCUCCUCAAUUGACUACAUCCUCACCAGUUUAGCUUUCUCCAGGAUUUGCCUGAUCUGUAUAAUAGUCCUAAAUUUCAACAUGAAUAUAUUCUAUCCUGAUUCAUUAAUACCGGAUCAAGCCAGCAUAGUCAAUGAUACCUUCUGGACGUUCAGCAAUCACUCAAGUAGCUGGUUUGGCACUUGCCUCAGUGUCUUCUAUCUCCUCAAGAUAGCCAACUUCUCCCAUCCACUUUUUCUCUGGCUGAAGUGGAGAAUUGAUAGAGUCAUUGUCCAUCUCCUGCUGGGUUGCUUGGCUAUCUCCUUCUUGAUCUUCCUUACACUAGUAAUGAUAAUGAUUGAUUAUUAUAGAUUUCAUGUCAUUGCAGAACCAAAAAACAACCUGACUGAACUGUCCUAUGUGAAUAGAAAUCGUCCAAAUAAUGUCCUGACUCAGUUUACCUUGCUGGGAAUUGUUCCAUUUACUGUGUCAUUGAUUUCACUUUUCCUUUUGAUGUUAUCCCUUCGGAGACAUUGCAAGCAAAUGAAACACAGCGCUACAGGCUAUAGAGACCCCAGCACAGAAGCCCAUGUAGGAGCUAUGAAAACUGUGGCUUCAUUUCUCUUCCUUCUUUCUAUAUACAAUUUGUCUGCUUUAUUGAUGGGCUUUUUCCACCGUGUGACAGAUCAAAAACAAGCUUUGUUGUUUGCAGAGACUAUAGCCAUUCUUUAUCCUUCAGGCCACUCACUUAUUUUGAUUCUUGGAUCUAAAAAGCUGAGGCAGGCAUCUGCCAGGAUGCUGAUAUGUAAAAAAACAACCUGCCUGGUGUAA